GGGGAGAGGACCGCGCUGCGCCGCCCACCCGGCCACCCGGCCGCGAGCUGGGACGCGUGGGGCCUCGCGGCCAGCGGCACCAUGAAGGACCGCAGUAAGGGAUGCUCCUCGGAAUGCACAGGAGAAGGGGGAUCCCCGAAGGUGGCGAAGACCUUCGAGGCUAAAGAUUUAAUAAUCACAGCAGCCACCACUUUGAAGGCUAAACCAGACCCGAAUAAUCUGGUUUUUGGAACUGUGUUCACGGAUCACAUGUUGACAGUCGAGUGGUCCUCUGAGUUGGGAUGGGACAAACCUCACAUCAAGCCUUUUCAGAAUCUGUCACUGCAUCCUGCCUCAUCAGUUUUGCACUAUGCCGUAGAAUUGUUUGAAGGUUUGAAAGCAUAUCGAGGGCACGAUAAUAAAAUUCGGCUGUUUCGGCCAGACCUCAACAUGGAGAGAAUGUAUCGCUCUGCCGUGAGGGCGACUUUGCCGGUAUUUGACAAGGAAGAGCUUCUACAGUGUAUCCAGCAGCUUGUGUCUUUGGAGAAAGAAUGGGUCCCCUAUUCCACCGCUGCUAGUCUAUAUAUUCGUCCCACACUCAUCGGGACUGAGCCUUCUCUUGGAGUCAAGAAGCCCACCAAAGCGCUGCUCCUCGUAAUCCUGAGCCCAGUGGGACCUUAUUUUUCCAGCGGAUCCUUCAAGCCAGUGACCUUGUGGGCCAACCCACAGUACGUCAGAGCCUGGCAAGGUGGAACGGGGGACUGCAAGAUGGGAGGGAAUUACGGUUCCUCUCUUUUUGCCCAAUGCCAUGCGAUGGAGAAAGGAUGUCAGCAGGUCUUGUGGCUCUACGGAGAGGAUCACCAGAUAACUGAAGUUGGAACAAUGAAUCUUUUCCUUUACUGGAUAAAUGAAGAUGGAGAAGAAGAACUGGCAACUCCUCCGCUAGAUGGCAUCAUUCUUCCAGGAGUGACGAGGCAGAGCAUUCUGGACCUGGCACGCGAGUGGGGUGAAUUUAAGGUGUCAGAGAGGUACCUCACCAUGGGCGAUCUGACUAGCGCCCUGAGUGAGAACAGAGUGAAGGAGAUGUUCGGCUCUGGGACGGCCUGCGUUGUCUGCCCAGUUUCUGAUGUACUCUACAAGGACCAGAUGGUACACAUUCCAACAAUGGAGAAUGGGCCUAAGCUUGCGAACCGUAUCUUGGAAAAAUUGAGUGAUAUCCAGUACGGUAAAGAAGAGAGUGCCUGGACAAUCCUAGUAUCCGAAUGAGAACUGCAGAUCAGCCAUGUGCUAUCGAAAAGGCCGCUGCCCUUGGAUUGUGAUAGAUUCCUCAAGCAACCUGUCAGUAGUUGUUUAUGAUGUAGUUUGUCUUAUUUGCGUGUUAAAGGAUGAUUUCUCUUUUUCUUGUGCCAGAGAACAUGAAUUGUCAUCAUCAGAUAUUAUUUUAUAAACUUGGGUGCAGUUGCUUCCUUCCCCUCUUCCCAGAAAGAUAAUGUAAGCCAUAUAAGGUAGCGUUUUCCUCCGUAAUUUGAGUGCCUCCCUUAGUACUUCACUCAGAUCCAAAAUGUUGAUUCCUUAGUGGAAUGUGUGCCUCUUCAACCAAAUGAUAGCUGUGUGUGUGUGGAGGCUGACUUACACAAAUUCUGUGUGAUGUGUCAUUAUUCUUAGGAACACUCAGAAAGUGUUUUAUUUUCUUCCCGAAGUCAAGAUCUUGAAAAACUUGAUUUCUUGCUGUCACAUGUUUCUGCCGGUCCCUAAUGCACCUGUGCACCUGUAGACCUGAGUGUGGUCUCUGUUGCCUUGUCCGUGUAGUACUGUAGCUGCCUGCUCAUCAGGCUACUGUAAGACUGAGGGUCUCAUGCCUUACAGAUCUUUGUAUGCCCACCGCCUGGCACAGAGUGUGUACUCAGUAAAUAUCUCAUUGAAUGAAUGAACAAACACUUAGCUUCGGUAGAAGUGCACCUUCUAUGUAUAUUAUGAAACCUCUUUCUUAGAAUUGUGACUCACUGUGACGGUGUGUAAUAUUUACCUCAUUAUCCUCAUUUUCCACGGACUCCUAAGUUAUUAGAGGUACUGAGAGCUGUAGUGAGUGAAGACGCUUGGAAUUAAAGCAAUAGCCCUGGAGAGAAUUGUGAUAUUAUCCCAGCCAAAUGGUGAUGGCACAGGUCGUAGGUGAGGUGUUAAAUGUGAAAUAGACUGUUUGAGGGGAGGGGUUGAAACCAGGGAGAUGGGCUGUCUUAUGCUUUGUUUUUGUAGGUGCUCUUCUCUGUUGAAUGAGGAUUGACUGACGCCUGGUUAUGGGGAAGGGGGCGCAAUUACAGAUGCUGUUUUCCUCCCUUAAGAGCUGAGUUAAACGUUGUAUCCUUUCUGAGUUUAUCUAGGGGAAAGUGAAAUCUUGACAGAAAACAUUACCCUUGGAAGGUCAACUCACAGACACUGUAUUUUGGUUUCCCUCAGUCCUAAUGCCUUUCAUCUUGCUGAUCAUAUUUCAUUCUCUUUUCAGAGCAGGGGAGAAAACAUUCUAGAAGUUUGAUGCAUUGGAAAAUUUUCCUUCAGGCAUUUAACAGCACUUAGCAAGUGGGCUUUGAUUCUUCUCCGGACCUUUUCGCUGUAGGGUCUUUUUUGAGACAGGAAUGGUAAAAUGAAAAUUAGAGAAGGCUAAGAUGAAAAGGAAUGGUGAAAGUAUCUUUUUAAUUGGUGAUCUGAACUCGUAGGCAAGUCUUCUCUUUUAGGCCUGGGCUGCUCUUAAAAAAUUGAGUGUUCUAACGCCAUACUGUUGACUUUGCUAAACCUUUUGACCUCAUUCUUAAUAUAGCAAUCUCAACAAGACUCCCAGGUAAUUUUUACUAUGAAGUAGGGCAUAGUUGGACUGAUUCCUAUGAGGAAGGGAAAUGGCUUGUUUUUCGUACAGGUAUUUCAUACUGUGCAUUCUAAAUUUAGUGUGCCCGUUGUGAAAGUGGGAGAACAUGUUUAUAUCAUUUCUUACAUAAGAACAUGAGAGCACGGUGAACCCUUUCCACCAGACUCAGUAAAAGCUAAAGAUAAUACAUCUUAAAAACUGGACAUCUCUUCAUGUGGGGAACACAAUCUGCCAUUCUUUUUUAAGUAAUAAGACAGGAAAUUGGCCUUGAUACUGACUUGUUAAAAUUGAAAAGGAACAUCUGCACUUCUUUUUUUCUUGUGCACUAUUUGUUUAAUUGCAGUGGAGUCAUACCGUCACAUUAUAUUACUAGGCAAGAGUGCCACAUUAUCACUAGGCAAUUUUCCAUUCUUCAAGACUUAGUUAUCACAUCACUAAUUGAUCAUUUAAGGCAUAAGAUAGUCUAGCAGUAGGAACAUGUGAAGCUAAUCUGCUCAGAAAGAUCAACAAAUUAAUAUUGUUGCUGAUAUUUGCAUAAUUGGCUGCAAUUAUUUAAUGUUUAAUUGUGUUGAUCAAAGAGAUUCAGCAAUUCACAUGUGAAUGACUGUAAACAGAACUGGUGGCAGUUGAAAUGAUAAUGAUUAACUUACUUUGCAUGUUCUCUUCCUCCCACUUUUCCUCGUUUUACGUUUUAGACAGAGUUUGUCAGUUUUUCUCGAACACGUGAGUACAAACCAAGAUUUUAAAAUGAAGUGUUCAAAUGUAGAUAAAACCAGAUUAUUUCCUGAAAAGAUUUUCUGUGAGAUAUUUGUUGUUGUGGCCGCCCUUUGUUUGGGUGUAGCACAAGAAGACCCGGUUCGGGGAUGGAUGUGUUGCCUGCUCUCCAGUACCGUGCGGCUGGUGCGAAUCAGUGAAUUAGUAAUAGCUGGGUAGGCCUUUGCUUUCAAAAGGAAAAGGAAAAAGGACAAGGAAAAAAAAGAAAUGACUGAGAAACCUUGUUAGGGAACCAUAUCUUUACACUUCAAUACGCCUCUGUUCUUUUUUUCUCAAAAGAAAGAUAACUUUAAGAAAUAAGGAGAGAAACCAUAUGGUCACAUGAGACAUCAACUCCCCUAAACACAUGCGCAGUCUGUGUUGCUCAUGAUAGGUUAAAAGUUCCUUAUCUUAAAAUUGGACCUAAACGUGUGAUCUUAUUUGCCUUAAAUCUGAGCACUGUUGGGCAUGUGAAGGCCUUUAGUGAGUCUAGCCCGGUCUGUAUGAUUGUAAGGACUUCAUUAAACCUGCAGUUUCAAGUCCACUUCAGGGGGGAUUCUGUUAUGAAAACAACUGCUAAAAUGAUUGUGUCUCUUUACCUGCCCCCUUCAUGCUCUGACAUGGUGUUCUGGUUCUUUUCAAAACUAUGUGUGUAAUUCACUCUUAAGAUUGGGGAAAAUGUCUUUGAUAAUGUUUGUUCACUUUCAGCGGAUCGUAUUUUCUGAAACAUUUAGAGCAAUAAAUAUUCUUCAGAUGCACCAAGGCGAAAGGCUUAGUGUGAGGGGUCAGCGGUCCCUUUCAUGUCCUGGUUCUAAAUGUGAUUGGAGAACCCUCGUAAUGUGGCCCUCCUCUUCUGUGUGUAUGCAAAAAGUUGUUACAAAAAGUAGUAAUGCUGACAAGUAAUUUUAGUGGACAUUUUAUAGCAAUGUCUCUUUGGUUUUGCUACAAGUAGAAUUCAUUUAGCUAUCCAUGUUCCAGAUACCCUCCCCAAAUGAGGCGCAAAGGGUAGUAAGUGUGCAUUCUACAUAAAGAGCAGGGUGAUUAUAAUUCAUUUGCCAAAUAUUGAUCGAGCACGCAGAAAAGUGCAUCUUACACAACCAGCAAUAGGGUAGAGAGUUAGUUUUAGAAAAUAAGUAAUAAGUAAACAUUACCUCAUGAAGUUUAUAGUCUAUUACUUGAACUAAUUUUAGAUGUAAAAGCAGUAUUUGUGAAGGAUUCAAUGAAGGUAAGAGAGAAAAGUCAGAGCACAUCUCUCAUAUCAAGAAAUCACAGUGAAAAUUCCAUCUCAUUUUUUUAAGGACAGUGUUCCUGUUUGCAUCUCUAGUGCAAAAGUACUCAGUAAGGUAGUAUUUAAGGUUGUUAAUCCACUGCGUGUGGUGUGAAUUACCUCCUGGUUUGUGGCUUCCUGUCCACCUAGAAUGUUGUCUGCAUUCUUUUGGAGUAAUGUUAUGGUACAUCUUGCAGAAUACUGUAGAUUUCAGCAUACUUGCUGGCUGAUCUUUUUAAAUUCAAACCCAGAUAAUAUUGAACUAAAGACAGUAAUCCUAUUUUUAAAUUCAAACCCAGAUAGUAUUGAAAUAAACACAGUUAUCCUAGAGUGCAUUUUUUAAGAAAAUGUUGAUUAUGAAUCAGGCUGUUUAAACUGUUAGCUUGAAGGUGAUAGACCCAGCUACUCAGAAAAUACCUUUCAUUUCACCAUGAUUUUUCACAAUUUGAAGUUUUUACUAAAAAAGGCCAUUUAAAUAUUGGAAAGAUUAAUUUUUAUCAUUUCCACAAAGCCCCCUUAAAAUGCAAAGAUAGAAUAUGGUAAUUUAUUUUUCAUUCUUAGCAUACAGAACAUAAUAAAAGACUUCUCAUAGUUCAUCUGGGAAGGUUGAUCAUGAAACAUCGAUAAGGUGGCAUCUGUGAGUGAAUAAUUUGCUGGGGUCAGAUAGAUGUAAACAUUUUCCAAUACAUGCAUUUUGAGUCUUAGCAACUAAAGUGCUGUUUAAAACAUAGAUUCAAGAAAUUCGAAAGUUUUGAGUUUUCUCCCUGGAAGUACAUUUUCCAUACCUUGAUAAACCCAAUAACAACACUUAAAAUCUAAGUUGCUUAAUGUAAUCCCCUAUUAUUGGUAUGGCAAGAAUUAAUGUAAGCUGUGGUGUUGGAAUAAAUUAUAGUUUCACUAACAGCUUUCUCUGCCUGUCCAGUAUCACAGUGGUGAGGUUCCUUGUUAUCUGUUACUGAAUUAUGGGAAAAAAAUGAGUGAGAGAAGUUGUCAGAGGAAGAACAAGUGAAGGUAGCAAAGGGAAGGAAUGAUGAGAGAAGAAAACCAAACUCACCUCUGUUGUCUAAAAUAGCUUUUCCAUAUUUUGCCACGCACUGGGAUCUUCAGUCUUUAAUAUGUGUCAAAUGUAAAUAGUGCCAUUAGGAAGUAAGUAACUGACACUAGUGACCAGUCCAUCAAAUCUUAGAACUGGGCCCCAGUCUUGAGUUAUAAUCUGACAGUUGUGUUAGGGAGAUUCCACUCUAGAUUGCUACCAGUUUGGGCAAGACUUUAUAAUUGCACAGUAUAUAAGAUCUACUGUAUCAUUUCUUCAGCCAUUGUAUUCUAAUACUUAUGAAUCAUUUUGAAGCCAAAUAAGUGACAAGGAAUAGAUUAUGGCUAGUUUUUGCUUAGAAAUAUUAUCCCCCCCAACACACACACGCGCACCCUUUUCCCUGAUGAAAGUCUGCAGAUUUGGAAAUUGAUUGAAUAUUACUUAGCUUUUACCUGAGAUAUGCAACAGGCUGCGGUCUUCUCAGAUUGGGUUCACAUGGUCAUUGAAAUCAUUCUCAGGGUUAAGAAAUGCAAAUAUUCUUCUCAAUUUCUGCAUUACCCCGGAGUUUUUCAGGAGGGCAGGAAUUCUUUAAGAGUAUGGCUCGAAGCACAUUUGAAUCACAUCUUUAAAAUAAGCUAGCUAACCUGUUGGCAUCUGUAAAUUCUGCAGACGUUUCCCUGGUAAUCACAACAAUGAAUAACCCACAGUAUACCGAGUUAGCCAACACACAGAGCUGGAGCCUGGCCCUCACUCUCAAAGAACUUUUACCUAUUUGUUAGGGUGCCCGAGAACAAAUAAAUAGUUUGAGAGAAUGUUUUAAAAUGAGAUCUUGUAGACAGGAAUAGAAAAUCAGUUUCACUGGAAUUUGUAGCAUCUCUGAUUGCCAUAUUCCUCAAGUUGUGUGGUGAUUCUUGAGAUUCUCUUUAAGAAAAUGCAGGUAGAAGGAAAUAAACAGUCUGUAAAGGAGGGUUGGCUUUUGUGAAAAAUUGUUUAAAGGUUAUGCUGAAAGGAUUUCAGCCUGCUACAGUGUAAUAAUGGAAAUGCAGAAAAUACAGUGGACAAAAAGGAAACUACCUCAUUCUGUGAAGGUUUUGUAGAAGCACAAUUAAACAUUCUCAAAUGGCUUUGUUGCCCGAGAGCCAUCUGGUGUGAAGAACUAUGUUUGUUUGUCUAAAGGACCUGAAGUAAUUGUAUUUUGCUGGCAAUAGACACAUUCUUUAUUGUUUGCAGGUUCCUCAUCAAAUCUAUAAUUACGCAGUUUCUGUCAUCAAUAAAACAACUUAAAGGAA